UUGUAGGCUGCGAACCAUUGAAUAUUGAUUUUUUUCCCUCCCAGCCUUGACCCAAAGAUAUAGUAUGCACCUCUUUUUCCUUACAACUUCAUAAUACUUCAAACGUCUAGUUUCGGUUUGCUUUCGUUCCAGGAAAUUGUGAGCAACUAAAGCGCAUUAUAAAUACUGGAUUACAAUAGCUGAGUUUCACUUCAUCAAGACGACUGACCACUGCUAUAGUUCUUAGAAUAUUGGCUCAACGGUUAAACAAGAAUCAAGAUGCCCAAGCACUAUGUGGACAACGCGUUUAACAGAAGUCUGGGCAGAGUCGGAAUGGAACAUGGGACAGCGGUGUAUAGCAGAUCCAGUGGAUCAUUCAGCUCUGGACUUGGAAGCAGCAUGUCUAGCAGCAGUGACAACAAUUACGGCAGCUAUAGCGGAAGCUCAAGUAACUAUAGCAACGGCCUCAGUUUUCAUGUUGAAAACCCAAGCGAUUGUUACACGGACAGCUUUAGGCAACAAACGACAUCGUCUCGUCACAGUGACCUAGGGUCAAGCGUCUCUAGUAGUGGGUCAAAAACGUAUGUAGACAAUGCUUACAACAGAAGUCUUGGUAGAGUUGGACUUGAACACGGAACAGCGGUUCAUCACCGUGAUGACAGUAGGACAGGCUCUAGCAGUAGUUCCAGAAUGUACGCUGACAACGCUCUGAAUAGAAAUCUUGACAGGGUGGGACUUGAACUCGGGACUGCUGUACACCACAAGGAAAGCAGCAGCACAAGUGGCAGCUCCAAAACCUAUGUUGACAAUGCUGUGAAUCGAAGCCUUGGAAGAGUUGGCCUGGAACAUGGGACAGCCGUUCAACAUAAGGAGAAUCAAAGCUCAAGUAGCAGUUCCAAAACCUAUGUAGACAAUGCGGUCAAUCGUAGCCUUGGAAGAGUUGGUCUGGAACACGGAACAGCCGUUCAACAUAAAAAAGAUACUAGCUCAAGUAGCGGCUCCAGCUCCCACACCUACGUUGACAAUGCUGCCAAUCGAAAACUUGGGAGAGUUGGUCUGGAACAUGGAACAGCCGUUCAACAUAAAGCCGAUAAGAGUCAAGGGAGCUCUUCAAGUUUGGCGGCAAAGUUUGAUGGUCUUUCUAUUGUAGAACCAAGACGUUACAAAGAUAACAACCUGAAUCGUAAGCUUGGAAGGGUUGGUAAACCCCUUGGAGCAGUGAGAUAUAACCCACGCCCGAUCGCUCAUACUGUGUAUGUCGACAAUGACUACAACCGAAGGUACAACCGGGUAGGCAAGCCUCUUGGAAGUGUACCAAUACCGAUAGAGGACAGGAUGUACAAGGACACAACUCUAAACCGAGAGCUCGGGCGAGUUGGUUUACCUUGGGGCAAAGGCAAGAAUAAGCCCUACGCUGAACUGUUGAACAAGUUGAGAAAUCUGAACUAUGAUGACGAGAUUCCAGACGACAUUGUGCAAUUCUACGACCAGGACAGCGAUGCUCUGGAGGCCAUCGAGGCUUUCAUGGCCAUUAAAGAGAGAGAAGAGAACGUCAGGCUGUGGCUGGAAGAAGAAUGUGAGACGACCUGGGACGCCCACCAACACACUUCAAAGCAGGUCAUCGAAAAUUACAAAGGCGUAGUGAUCAACUGCAGUGACUUGAUAUUCAGGAAUAAAUUAGGCAACGGAAAUUUUGGAAAGGUGUUCCUGGCGGAAUGGGUCGAAGGUCAGCUUGUUGCUGUCAAAGUCCUCAAAAAUCAGAGCGUCUCCAAAAGAAGGCUGCGUGAUUUCGAAAGGGAGAUCCUCCUCUACUGUGAGCUUGACCAUGAGAAUAUCGUACAGUUUCUCGGGGCAUGUACUGAGAUCCCCCAUCUGGCUAUCGUCAUGGAAUACAUGGACAUCAGCCUCUACGAAGCUCUUCACAUCAAAGAAGUUGAUAUUUCACUAGAUGGCAGAUCUUCAAUCAUGAGAGAUGUUGCUAGAGGGCUGUCUUAUCUCCACAGCAAAGGAAUCGCCCAUUGCGAUCUCAAGUCCCACAACGUCCUACUCAACAACGUCCCGGGACAAAACACCACAGACACACGUUUUCCCAUGAUCGCCAAACUUACAGACUUCGGUCUGAGCUUCAUGAAGUCUGACUCGGAAAGUAGCUCGUCCCUUUCUGACGCCGUGAAGAACAUUGGCACGCCAAAAUAUUCAGCUCCUGAAGUCCUUCGUGGCGAGCUGCUGAAUGCUGAUGCAAUGAUGAAAGCGGAUGUUUAUUCCCUGGGGCUCACGAUUGUUGAAAUUCUGCUGGAAGAGAUUCCAUUUGAAGGCUUGAAUCUUACACAGCUUCAGAAGCAAGUCGGAGAGAAAGGAUUGAAGCCGAAAGUGGAGCGUGGGAAUAUUUUAAUUCCAGAAGUAAAAUCGAUGUUGAUAAGAUGUUGUAACAGAGAUCCGGAUCAACGGCCAACUGCCAGAGAGCUUUCGGCUUUCUGUGAGAGAUAUCCUAAUGUCUACAAAAAGGAAUGCCGUUAAAUUCACCAAAUUUAGUUUUACAAGAUUUGACAAUGGGCUAUACAAUUAUAUCCGGUUGUGUUUUUUUUAAGAAUUAUAAUAUUUAAAUGACACUGUUAAACUCUAAGAAACUUAAUGAGGUCUAUUUAAGCUUUUUCAUAAUUUUUAAAUUCAAUUUCAUGUGCAAUCUAGGUUUCUGUUGUUUGGCAAGAUUCAACUACAAAAACUACAUUCGCUCAUUUUCUUCACAGAUUAUGUAAUUAUAAUUAAUUCAUUACUAUCAAUAACGCCUGACGGCCAAAUAUUCUGAAAUGUCCAGACUCUCUUAUAAAGAAGAUAAGAAAUGUCUAAUGGAUUAUAUUCAUAGAUAUAACAUAUGUCUAUGAUUAUAUUAUUUAUAUUAUACACUGUUUUUUAAGUGGUUAAGUAAAAUUGAGGAUGCCCGGAUGAGAAAAUAUUUGAAAUGUUUUGUUUGUUUUUCUCAAUGUAAAUCUGUAGUUUGUAAACAAUUCGAUCGUGUCAUACUUAAAUGACAUUGAAGAGAGGGGAAAAAAAGGCUGUUUAGUCAUUUAGUAUGUCUACGGUGUAGUCUUUAAGCUUCAUAUUUUUGGUAUUUGUCGUAUCGUGUGGUUAUAUCUUAAAUUAUUCUAAGUAUCCAAAAAUAAUACGGUAUUUUAUUGAAGUAACCAAGAGUACAUUUUUUUCUUAAAUCACAUGUCAUAUGUAGUUUAGUGUUGUGAGUGUCUUACGAUUACAAUGUAUGGACACUUACCAAUAGUACUGGCCUUGCAAGCUGUUAAUAUGUAAAAAGUAAAUCAGUGAUAGACUCUUUGGUUUAAGGGGGAGUGAGCGGUGGAUUGCUUUGCUCGCUAGAGGUCUAAGUUAUUUAGUAGGCCUACUCGCAGAAGACGAGAUUGUCGAAUGUAAUUGUAAGAUUAAAUACGAAUGUAAGCAUGUCCUGUUGUUAUAAAGCCCUUGUCAAAGAAUAGACAGGGGACACAAAUUGAAAUAGACCACCGAACUUUGUCUGCUUUAGAUGUCUGCCUGGUCGUGAAGUUUGCGCGCUGGACUGUCGUUCGGACUCAUCGAUGGUCCCGGGUUCAAACCCUGCCCGCUCCCAUCCCCCGUCGUCCUGCUUGAGGUUUGGACUAGGAAGUAAUUAUCUUCAACUUUGAAGGAACAUCCGAAAUAAGUAAAACAUUUUACAAACAUUUUUUUAUCUAAGUCACAACUGGGUUUGUGCAGUCAUGUGAAGUACUGCACUUAAUCUUCACAUAGAAGACAUCACUUUUCAUUUUAUUUAUUUUUUUCCCCGUAUCGUUAAAGCAUAAUAUAAUGAAAUAAAUGUGUGCACAGGUCUUGUAAGUGUUACACUUGACUUUAAUCGACAGAUUUGAUAUUUUGUACAUCAUAGUUUAGAUGUAUAGACCACGUUGUGUGCCUAGUGUUGUUUUGUUUUGUUAUGACAUUGACAAUGUAUUUCUUUUUGUUACAGAGUUUAGAUAGACUCACUUUGUGUACAUAUAACUUCAAUUUAAAAAAAAAAAAAGCUUUUUAUGUUUGAAAAUUGUAUUAUUGUUGUUUGAAAAAUAUUAAGAAUUUUUCAUUCCAUAUUUCUAACAACACAAUUUAAAAACAAAAAUUGACAAAAGAAAAGCAAGGGGAAGACACACUUGGGAGUCAAUUCUACUCACUUGAUAAAUAUUUCAGUGUGUACACUGUUCAUGUGUGAGAAGAGAGGGGGGUCUUAAGUACUAUUUAAGUAUCAGCUAAACUUGGUAAAAAGAAAAUGAAUAAAUAAGCUCAACAAUAUUAAUUAAUAUUAAUUACGCCAAAGACUUAGAAUGACACUUAGAAUGGCUUAAGCAAGGAAAUGAGAGUAUAAAGUUACUAUAAAGAAUUCAUAAGUCUAACAUGCUUUUGUUUCUUCUGUAUGAACAUUCUGUUUUAAUAUUUAGGAACUCUUUAAUCACUAUGUGAAAAAAAAAUCUUUUUAAAAUAAAAUAUUUUUUCUGUGUAAAAAAA